ACCAACAUUUCCUUUUUGUCAGUGAUAUUUUACUGAAGUCAGCCCUGUAACAAGUUUCAGUUAAGAGGUAAAGAUAAAAACAUUCACAAACUACAACACAAACAAUGGCUGAUAGACCGGACGCUGUUGAGUUGGAGGACGAUGAAGAGUGUUGGAUGCGUCUGGAGGACCACAGAAUGCUUCUCAUCAAGACCAUUGAGCCUUCACGUAUCAUACCAUACCUGAGACAAUGCAGGGUGCUUAACGGUGAGGACGAGGAACAGAUUUAUAAUGAUCCAAGUCUUGUUGUUAGACGGCGAAAAGUAGGUGUCCUGCUAGAUAUAUUGCAAAGGACAGGUUAUAAAGGCUAUGUGGCAUUCCUUGAGAGUUUGGAACUGGACUACCCUCAGCUGUAUCAGAAAAUAACAGGCAAAGAGCCGUCCAGGGUCUUCUCAAUCCUUGUUGAUACGGCAGGUGAGUCCGGGUUAACUCAGUUUCUCAUGAACGAGAUGACACGGCUUCAAAAAGCGCUUCAGGAUGAGCGCAAAGCAAGACUAGUUGCAUCUGCACGUGUUGCUGAGCAAGCUGACACCGUUCGCCGGAUUCAGACCCGAGAAUGCGAGCUACGCAAACAGCAAGAGCGUGUACAGCGCAUGCGUGAAGAACGGGACCAGAUGUGGGACAAGGCACGGCACUUGAAGGAUGAGAAUUACAAAUUAAUGAGUGACAUGAACCGACUAAGUGAGGAGAAGAACUGUGCUCUCAUGUGUAAUCGAGACCUACAGCUGGAGAUCGAGAGGCUGAAGCACAGCUUAAUGAAUGCUGAGAGCGAUUCUAAGAUUCAACGCAAGCGUACUAUUACACUGAAAAAUGCUAUGGAACAGAGGCCUAGACAAGAAAUGGUGUUGGCGCUUCAGAAAGAAAAUGAUCUUCUCCGUGCUCAAGUGCAGGAGAUUCAUAGCUCUUCUCAGGUGCAAAUCACAACAAAUGAUGAGAAGCCAAGCAUCGAAUCAGGAGAUUUCAAAAAACAAAGCAGGGCACAUCAAGAGUUGGUCAACGAGCUUUAUAAAUUACGCAGGGAGCUACAUGAUGCUGAGGAACUCCGAGAUAAGUACCUGGAAAAGAAAGAUGAACUGGAACUGAAGUGUGAGAUUUUAAAGAAGGACUCAAAAAUGUACUGCAACCGUAUGGAGGACAUUUUAAAGCAGCUGGAUGAAGUAAUUAAAGAAAGAGAUAAGGCAAUAUCUUCACGAGAGGAGUACCAUCAGGAGAACUGUAAAAAUCUUCAGGACAAAGACCGUUAUCGCAAGCAGCUCAGAGAGUUGGGAGAGCAUUAUGAUGAGCUCCAGGUCCAGCUGUUCCGCACUCAAGGAGAAAUUCUCACUCUUCAAGCGAAACUUCGGAGACAAAAACACUUCCACAAAACACUAGGAACAAAUGAGGGAAACUCUUCUUGGGGCACAGCAGAGGAUAGCAUGACAUUCUUUGCUUUGCCAUUAAACAGCAGUUCUGAGUCCACAGUAAGGCAGGAACUAAAAAGUCAAACAAGUGAGGAGGAUUUGAAGGAGAGAUAUGAGAAAGGUGCCAGUGAUGAUUCCCAAAGUCCAACUUCAGGGGAGUACAAUGUCUGCAUAAAUAUUAAAGACCUCAGUACCUCAGAUGCCAAGGAAAGGAUGUCAACUGAAGAGGAACUGUCAUCCAGUUACCCACCCAGGCCGAGAUGCAAUUUUUACUACAGAAGGAAACGUGCCUUGAGAACAAAAGCCACAGUUAAAGACUGCGCUAAAGAGUGCACACAGUGUGUACUGGACAACUCCAGCGGGACUGAUAACACAGACACAGAUGGGAUUUGAUACAAGCCCAACUAACCAGGAGACAACAUUUUAACUUUAAUUAUUAUUAUUAUUAUUAUUAUUAUUAUUAUUAUUAUUAUUAUUAUUAUUAUUAUUAUUAUUAUCCUCAUCCAAUGGUCACCUUAGAUUUAUUGAUGACAUUGAAUCUUAAAAUUCAAUAUGGUCAACUGAAACAUGGUAUUUUAUAAUUUCCUAUAAAUACAUAUUGACCGUAAAUUUAAAAGCAAUUUUGUUUUACAGCAAUAUUUGCUUUAAAGGUCAGUAUACCUGGCAUAAUCAACAGCCAAGGAAGUGUGUAUGAAGACAGUGUUAGAGUCUCCUGGUCAGGCACAAAUAGAAGAAACAUCACUGAUCUCUGUUUGAUGGUUGUCUGUAAAACCAAUAAACAAACUCCACUUUUCUUA